GUAGUUUUGAAUAUGAUGAGUCCGAGGAUGUAUGACGUUGCAGGGACGCGCUCGCUCUCAUCGUUUCUGGGAGUUUGAGUUUAAUUUCUUGCCAAAAGAUCUAGUUUGAGGGUCGGGGUAAGAGUUCUGGUGAGACAGUUGGUGGUUAUGGUGUUUAAUGUAUAAUAAGUUAGUAAAUGUCCGCACAAGUUUGUGUGUCGAGGCCUGUGAUUUCAUAACGUGCCCUUUUGGACUCAAACAAAAACAUCAGUUGUCCCAACAGUGACUCACUGAGCCGUCUUCUCAAAAACGGCAUUCACUGUGUCUUCACAGACCAAAUACUUUUACCGUUAAUAACAAGAGACUCAAGGGCCUAUUGUAGGGACCAAGUCACUGAAUCCACUGCCGUUUUCCUCCUCGGGAGCUACGCGAGUUCACAUCAAAACUAUCACAGGUGGUGGAUGUUACCGCCAUUAAAUCCAGGACAUGAGUCAAGAAGGGUCAGGGUCAUUUCCCAGCAUGAAGCCAUCUCGCAUCUCACGCUGCCGGGAAUUAAAUUCUCAUUGAGAAAUACCCAGUCCUUUGUUUAUUUUGCUCGCUGUAGAUUUCAUUUGACUUGGCAUAAAAAUACCGGAAUCUGCCUAAAAAAAUGUCUAUUUUUUAAAACUGUAGAACGCAAACUUCUCCAAGUUGCAAAAACAAAAACGUAACAGUAUAUCCAGAAAAAAAUGAGGGCAUAGCCAAGGCCCUGUCCGAGUAUCUAUUCUAAGUGUAAAUUAUGUUUGAGGUGGUCACCUGUCUGGCCAGGAUAACUCUUUCUACAUCACAGCCAGCGGCUAAAAGUUUAAAGCUAUUGUGAAAAGACCUCAGAAGCAGUAAAUCCAAAACAAUGCUGGCUUUCUUUUAGUUAUGUUGACAUGUUGGAGAUGUGAAGUCACUCAAAAACAGCUAAGAUUUUAGCUUAGUGAAUCACAACAUCACUGGCUUGAAAACACAAAUGGUCCAACUGGAAAGUGCUUUCUCACGUAUCAGGAAACUCGCUCGGCCCUUUUGACCCUCUGUCCGUAUCGACCGUGCGCGGCUGUGACUCAGGUUGGGUAAACUGCCCCGGCAGUUCUUGGCCUCUCUUAGCAGAUCAAUGAAAGCGGGGGAGGACAGCCGCUCCCACAGCGAGACCAAGGAUAAAUACCUGGUCAAAGGAGAUUUCAGGGACAGAAAAAGGAGUGAAGGCUCACUGAAGACAGCAGAGUGACUGACCGGAGUUGGACAAGAGUAACGUUACCGACAGCGGACGAUGAGGACACUGCUGUUGCUGUGUCUGUGCGUGCACCUGGCCUGGGCUGUGGACUACGAUGAGUACGACGACGCCGGAGGCACCGCACCAGAGAAUGGAACAACACCGAUGCUUCAUGCCCGUGGUCACCGUCCAGCAGGGCAAGGCAGGGGGAGCUACACGCACCGCCACUACGCCGCACCCCCUAUCAGUGGCGGCAGCAGGUAUCGCGGCCGCCCCGCCCCAACCCCAUCCAGAGGAGCGAUGUCGCAGGAGAAGGAGCCGCAGCCAGAAGCCGGAGGAUGCCAACACGCCGCAGAGGACAUGGGUGUUUUGUGUCCCACUGGCUGUGAGCUGAAGACCAUGCUGGUGAAGCAAGAGAGGAACAUCAAGACAAUCGUAAAUCAACUCACACCGCAGGUGCAAGAGUUGUCCAGAUCUUCCAACAACAUCUACAGCUAUGUCAACAGAAUGUCCGACUCUCUGAGGGAGAGGCAGAGAAUCAUCGACGACAACAGCAGGGUGGUGGGUCGGUACACUGAUCAAGUGGAGGAACACCAUGUCUACAUCAAGGAGAUGGUGGACACCUUCUUCCCUUCCAACAUCAGAGUCCUACAUGGGGUCCUGGAGAAGAUCAGGCUGAAAAUCCAGAACUUGGAGAAGGCUAUCCAGACCCAGAGAGAGGAGUGCAAGGAGCCAUGCAGCACCAAAUGUCCCAUACCCGUGGUGUCUGGUAAGGAGUGUGAGGAUAUCUUCCGUCGUGGAGGAAGAGACUCCCAGAUGUACUUGAUCCAGCCUGAUUCCUUCAUCCCGCCAUACAAGGUUUUCUGUGAUCAGACCACCCAAAAGGGAGGAUGGCUUCUCAUCCAAAACAGGCUUGAUGGCAGCGUGGACUUUGGCCGACGCUGGGAUGAAUAUCGACGUGGAUUCGGCAACAUUGCCUUUGAUACUGGCAAGGGUCACUGUGAGACUCCCGGUGAAUACUGGCUGGGUACUGACCAAAUCAGUCAUCUGACCAAGAUGGGCCCCACUGAGGUUCUCAUUGAGAUGCAGGACUGGACAGGUGCUAAGGUCCAUGCCCAGUACCACAAGUUCACCAUCCAAUCAGAGUCAUCCAGCUACGUGCUGGCGGUUGCCGAUUACUCUGGUACAGCUGGCAACGGUUUAAUGGAAGGAUCCACCGAGCUCUUUGGUGAAAACCGCACCAUGACCAUACACAAUGGCAUGAUGUUCAGCACCUACGAUAGAGACAACGACAACUGGAACCCCGGUGACCCCUCUAAACAGUGCUCUAGGGAGGACGGAGGUGGUUGGUGGUACAAUCGCUGCCACUCCGCAAACCCCAAUGGCCGAUACUACAUGGGCGGAGCCUACACGCAAAAUAUGGCCAAGCACGGCACAGAUGAUGGCGUGGUGUGGAUGAACUGGAAGGGGAGCUGGUAUUCACUCAAGGCCAUUAGCAUGAAGAUCAGGCCUUUCUUCGCCUCCAGAUAAGCAUGUCGGAGGGUGUCAACACAUAACGCACGUAGCAAACCGCCAAAGUAAAGUAGGGCUUUGGGUUCAAUGAACCAGCAAAAACAUCAAAAAUCUUUCUCAUGUUAAACGGCAUUGUUUCUUUUUCGCUGCACACACACAUUUGCACGCAACUUAGUAUGGUGUG